AUGGGUCGAAAGAAGCAUGCAGUUGGAAGUGUAUUUCGUAAUAAAUCUGACAAAUCAUCUAGAUCCUCAGGUACUUCUUCUUCCUCUUCAUCUUCAUCAUCUUCAAAAUCCAGCAUUAAACCCAUACCCUGGAUUGAACAAAACAUUGUAUGCUUGGAGUGCGCUAAAUUUCUUCUGGUUCAUCAUCAGUCAAAAUACAAUCCUCGUUGUAGUUGUGGUCUUACAUUCAGUGAACAUUCAUCCAGUGUACAAAUUGAGUCUGUAACACCUCAACAAAAUUCUAAUUUUCAUCCUGAAUUAUCAACUACCGGUGAUUAUCAUUUAAAAGUUUCUAAUGAACGUUGGCAUGUUAAAACGCACACCCAAGAAAUACCUACAAAUGCUUAUGGAACAGUUGAAUUUCAAGGUGGACCACAUCCAACUAAAGCUCGGUAUGUUCGACUGCAUUAUGAAACAUGUCCUGAAUUGAUAUUGCAUUUAUUACUACAUGAAUGGAGAAUACGUGUGCCUAAUUUAGUCAUAUCUAUUGUCGGUGGAUUGGCUAAUGCGCCAUUACAAGCAAAAUUACAACAAGUUGUUCAAAGAGGUAUACUUAGAGCAGCUAAAACAACUGGUGCUUGGAUUAUAACCAAUGGAUUAGAUAUAGGUGUAACUCGACAUAUUGGUGAGGCAUUGAAAGAUGAAGUACACAUACGUGGUUCUAAUAUUGUUGCACUCGGUAUAGCACCUUGGGGUUAUGUACAACAUCGUGAAUCACUUAUCGGUUUAGAGAAUACAUGUUCCUAUUAUUCUCAAGGUUGGAGACCUGGUCGUCAAGAAGCUCCAUUAAACUCAAAUCAUAAUUAUUUCCUGUUAGCUGAUAAUGGAACCGCUGGCAAAUUUGGUGGUGAGCUUGGUCUUCGUCGACGUUUAGAACAGCACUUAGCUCAACAACCUAUUGAUAUGCGACGUUAUGGAGGAUCUAAAUCCCGUGUACCAAUUGUCGGUGUACUGCUUGAAGGUGGAACUCAAACAUUUCGUACAGUAUUUGAAUUAGUCACAGGUCGUCAUCCAGUACCAGUUGUUGUCUGUGAUGGUAGUGGUCGUGCUGCAGAUCUUCUAGCAUUUAUGCAUCGAUAUGCAAACGAAGAUGGAGACCUUAGCACACAACUACGUGAUCAAAUGGUUGCAAGCAUAUCUCGAGCAUUUCAAAUUCGACGUUUUGAAGCGGAAGGAUUGUACAGUGAAAUGAAAUUAUGCAUGAAAUGUCGACAUUUAAUUAGUGUAUUUCGAAUGGGUGAAGGGGAUAGUGAUGAGAUUGAUAUCACAAUACUAACAGCUCUUUUACAAGUUUCGGGUCAAAAUUUAACACCAGCUGAACAAUUGUCACUUACUAUGGCUUGGAAUCGACCAGAUAUUGCUCGUUCAAAAGUAUUUGCCAAAUUCAGUAAUUGGUCUAAAACUACACUUGAAAAUGCAAUGGCUGAUGCUUUAUUGAAUGAUCGAUUAGAAUUUGUUCAAUUAUUACUUACUAAAGGACUGAGAAUUCAAAGAUUUUUAACACGUGAACGUUUGGAAGAAUUGUACAAUGUGGCUGGUGAUGCAAAUAAUCAGUCAUUUCAUAAAUUAUUCACAAAACUUCUAGGUAAUAAACAGAAAAUCACACUACGUUCAGUUGGCCAGCUGAUUGAAAAUUUAGUCGGUGGUGGUUAUCAACAUUCUUAUUGUAUUAAACCUGGAACUACAGAUCUACUUCGUUCACCAUCUCAUGGUAAUGGUUGGCUACCGAGUGUUAAUGUCCCAUUUGGAAAUAAAAAUAGUAUAACAAAUAGUCAAGGACAGUCAGAUAACAACAAUAAUAAUAAUACUAGUAAUAACCAUCAUCAUAAAACUUUACGUGCAAACAAUUCAUCAUUUGUUGUAUCAGAGAAAAUGCCAGCCUGUUGUACAAUUCAUCCAAGUCAGAUAAACGCUUUAAUAACACCUAAAGUACCAAUUAGUCAAAACACUACUAAUACUUUUACUUCUACUACUACUACUAAUACAACUACUUCUGCUAAUAAUAUAACUCGUCAACAUUCUACAUCACAGCAUUUACCGUAUACAACAUCAAAUUCUGCUAAUGAAAUCAAUCUAUCUGAUAGAUAUUUUCGUUAUCCUUAUACUGAACUACUACAAUGGACACUGUUGACAAGACGUUUAAAUAUGGCGAAAUUUUUAGUAUUGGCUGGUGAAGAAUCAAUUGCAAAGGCUUUAUUUGCAUUGAAGUUGUUACGCAGCAUUCGACAUGUUACAUUGGAUGAAGAAACUGACAUUGAGCUAGCUAAUGAAUUUCGUUCACAUGAGCUGGCACUAGAAAGAUUGGCUGUCGACUUACAAGAUCAUUGUUAUCGUCAUGAUCAAGAUCAAGCGAAACGUUUGUUGACCUAUGAAUUACAAGCUUUUUCAAAGAAUACCUGUCUUAGUUUAGCUUAUAUGUGCGAGUCAAAAGUAUUCAUUGCCCAUCCAUGUACUCAGUCAAUAUUGAAUGAUUUAUGGUAUGGUGGUUUACGUAAAGGUGAUUUAGUCGGAGCUAAAGUCGCUCUGAUUUUAAUGGGUUUAAUAAUUCCCCCAUUAUAUCCAUUGAUUGCAUUCUUUUUUACAAAAAGAAGUAAAUUCCUGGAGUUUAAAACUAAGGAGGAGUUAGCUCAACAACCGCAAACAUUACAAGAACAUUUAGAUGAAUUGGAAGACUCUUCACCGUCGAGUUCAUCGUCAUCAUCGUCGUCAUCAUCUUCAUCCUCACCAUCUUCAUCACGAGCUUCCAGUAGACGAUCAUCUGAAUGUGACACUAAACAACCUGACCAAAAGCCAUCAAAUACUGAAAAUUCAACUACGGAAAAAAAUCAUUCGAAUAAUCCAAACACAGAAAAAAAGAAUCCAACAAUUGAAAUAACUCCACCAGAAUCAUCAAGGAUAUUAGAAGAAGGAAACACUAUGGAUCUCUCAUGUGAUAAAGAAAAGAUUGACUUGUCAGCAGUAAUCAUCAAUAACGAAAUCAGUACCAGUCCUGAGAGAGUCAAUAAUCUAUGGCCACCUAACUCUGCUCCUCCGACAUCUUCGCAUAAAUAUCGUUCACAUAAUCAAAGUAAACACCGAAAAACUUCAGCACCGUUAACAACCUAUGCAUCAGUGUAUAGUACAGUACAAUACAAUAAAUCGGCUAUGCCUGCUGAUCAUAAAAGUGCACGUCGUCAAUCUGCUAAAAAUAAUAAUACUGCUAAUUUGUGCAAAACAAGUCUACCAGAUUAUGCGUUAGUUGCAAAUAUGCAUACGAAAGAGUCAGUGCCAAUGCCAACUACCGAUCAAAAUAAUUCAGUUGACAUGAUGCCGAAACCAAAGAAAAAUCCUAUGUUGAUUGACGCAAAUUCCAGUUUACAGGAUGUACCUGAAGUAAAUAUUCUCCCGUCGGAAGAGAAUUUAACUAACAGAUGUCAUCGUGAAAGAAAAUCUGUAGACUUUGAAGAAUUACAUGGAAUAGGCGCUGACCAACCGAAAUUAUCAGAUGGAACAAUUAACUUAUCAUGUACACCCGAAACACAACAACCACAAUCACAAGCAUUAUCAUCAGGAACAGCAGCAGCAACGGCAGCCGCAGCAGCAGCAUUGCCUAGAGAUAGUUUUCAAACUCAACAUUUUCAUAAUCUACACCGUGAGCCAAGAAAUCAUAUGCGUAAACAACGUUUCACUAUUCAUCCCUAUUCAACUGCUUUGAAUACUUCACAGAAUGCAGCAUUAGCUAAGCAUGCUUUUUUGUUAAGAUCUAAUCUAGCUUCAUUGAUCCCAUCAAAUCAUUAUGCAUCAGUAGCAGCUUCUGAUGAUCUACAAAGAAGAAGAUAUGAACGUAAAAGAACUAGAGGUUAUACUGGUUCAAAUCAAGAUCCUAGUAUAUUAGUAGAAAAAAUGAUCAGUGGACCAAGACUACCAAACAAUGCUGUCGCAUUCGAUACCUAUGAUUCAACAUCUACUGUAAUCAAUCCAUCAGGUAAUGUACACCAUAGACCAAGUAAAUUUAAUCCUUCAAUGAAAGAUAACUCCUUUUCAUCAUUAAGUUAUCAUCGUAAUGGACAAUGGAUCCCGUGUGAUUUACCAUUGGGUUACGAUUAUCAACCGACAACUAGUCAAGGCCUGCAAUUAUCAUGGCGUAAAAAAGUUUAUGAAUUUUUCAGUGCACCAGUUACAAGAUUUUAUUUACAUGUGCUAUUGUAUCUUGUCUUCCUGAUCCUAUUUAUUGGAUUGUGUAUACACACUAUACCCCCGGCUACAUUUUCAUUUCUUGAAUUAUAUGUCUACUUGCAUAUUGUAACCUAUUGGUUGGAUAAAUUUCGUGAGGGGACGCCCACUUUGACCGAUGUUACGCUUAAUCCAGGAGCAAGUUAUAUUCAAAAGUUUGCAGUACACUUGACUGCAUUUUGGAAUAUAUAUGAUAUGAUAAUGUGUUUCUUAUCAUUAGUUGGCAUUGUUAUCCGUUAUGUGGGCAUAGUUAAUCCAACUUAUUAUAUGUGGGGUAAAAAUCUGUUAAUUAUAUGCUGUUCAUUAUGGCAGAUGAGAUUUCUGGAAUUAAUGCAAAUUUGGAGAUUUUCUGGUCCAUACAUUUAUAUGCUAGUGAAAAUGGUUCGUUUAAUGAUUCCUAUGCUUACUUUAUUAUUUCUUCCACUAUUGGCAUUUGGUACAAUACGUCAAGGAAUUAUGUAUCCAACGCAUACACAUGUUAAUCUUGAAGCCAUCAAAGGCAUUAUGCUUAAACCAUAUUUUAUGCUAUAUGGUGAAGUAUACGCUGGUGAAAUAGAUCCUGUUGAUUGGCCAGUUGAAUCACAAACUGCACCAUUUCUUGAAAUUGUUCCCAUUGCAACAGUCAUCUAUCUGUUAUAUUCUAUUAUUCUAUUUGUCAAUGUUGUCAUCGCUGUAUUCAAUGAUAUAUUUGCUAGUGUUCGUCAACAAUCUGAACUGGUCUACAAUUAUUUACGUUAUGCUGUGAUAAUUGAAUAUGAAUCAAGACCGUUAUUACCACCACCUUUCAUUAUUAUCUCAUGGAUUUAUAUGUUUAUACGUUAUAUCUAUCGGUCUGGUAUUUGCUGCAUUGUCUUCCAGUGUGGCUUUCCAUGCAUACGAAGGAAUCGUAAAAAGCGUAGAACGUCUGUUCUGUCAAGUUCUACUGUCUCAGAUAACGCUCAAAAACAAUCUAGUCCAAAUGAUAAUGACAAUAAUAAUAAUCAUAAUAAAAUGAAUAAUCCUGAAUCCCCGACAAAGCCUGAUCCAUCAUCACACACAUCAGCAAAUCGACAUGAUCAUCAUGAAGCACGCGAUACACGAAUUGAUCCUGUCACUGAAUUGUCAGCUGGUCUAAAAUUAUUUUUGAAUCCGGAUGAAGUAGAAAAACUUCAUGAUUUCGAGGAGGAAUGCGUAGAAGACUAUACACGUGUUACACGGAGAGCUGAAUUACACAAAGAAGAAGGUCAAGUGGGAAUAUUAAAUAAAAAAAUUGAUAAGCUACAAUUCAGAAUGGAAGAAAUUCAUGUACGUCAACGUCAUCUACGUGGACUAGUUCAUUUAGUUGAAGAACAUCUAGUCUAUAUGGAGGAUAAUCUACAUUCAACAGGACCUGUUAGUCCAUCAAUAGCAAAUGUACAUAAUAAUAGUCAUCGUAAUACAACUAUAGAGCACCCGAUGACAACGCCAACAACUCCAUCAAUAGCAAAUAAUCCCCAUGACCAAUCAACUAUUCAUGCAAGUAGUUCGCAUGACAGAGACUUCAUAUUUACAUCGAGUCUUUUGUGGUUACUUAAAAAGCAGAUGGCACAAGAUUCUGCGAAUACAACACAAAAUGAUAAUUCUGAUUCUACAGCACAUUUAAUUCGUUCUUUAAUCUCACAACUUGGACGACGUUCACGUCCACCAACUGGAUCAUUCAGUUCACGUCAAUAUCAAGGUUGUUUAGAUUCAAUGCAUGAAAGAUCACCAAGUUGUUCAGUACGUAUGAAACAUCGAAGCAGUCGAACAGAUCAUAGAUAUUCAACGCCUACAUAUGAUCAUCUUACUUUACCACAUUCAGAUGCACAAUACUUUGGAUCACAUUAUGAUCGUAUGUAUGAACGUAAUCGUAAUCGUCGUUUCGGUCAUAACUCUUAUCGGGCACCAGAUUUCACUUGUCGAGAGUAUACAACCAUUUGUGAUGAUAUUGAUUUAUCCUGUUUAAGUUAUCCUAACAGUCCUAUGAUGAGCCCAAAUGGAUCUCGUAUGGAUCUAACAUCAGUUGGAUUAACGCGAAAUACAAAUGUCCCGACUGAUACUACUUCAAAUAAAACCUACGACCAUAAUACUACAUCUGUACCAGGACUACUAUCGAGAACGCCUCAUCAUAUACCAUCUGAAACUGCAAGGGAUAACAAAGGUAAGGCUGUCAUUCCAACAGCUAAAAUGUCAACAGUCGAAGCAAAAUCUGACCCAUUAACUUCCAAGGAAAAACGUGUAAUACACCAGUUGUCAACAGUAGACAACAACACAACAAUACGAAGUCAAUCGAUUGCAGCUUUGCAUGCCAAUACAAAGUCUUCUGAUGAAGAAAUCUCACCAAGUAUUCCAAGCAAACAUCACUCCCAUCAUCAUCGACAUAAUCAUAAUCACAAAAAUUAUGAUCCCAAUUCGAAUUUCCCAGCUAAUUCUGAUCUCUUCUCACACACAGAUCAAAUGAAUUCAUCAGAUCUACACUAUUUAUUAAAUAAUCUACAAAUGAACAGUGAAGAUAUUAUUCGCCUAGCAGAUCAUAGUAAUAAUGUUCACGAUGAUAAUGUUAAUGACAUUUACAAUGACACUGACAAUAUUGUUGAUGUUAUCCAUGGAGAAUAUGUUGGUGAAAUCGAUGAAAUACAAGAUCGCCAUCAUCAUCAUCAUCCUCAUGAUGAUGGUGAUGAUGAUGACGACGACGACGAAGACGAAGAAGAAGAAGAAGGCAUAAUGAAUGAAGAUGAUGAUCUAAAUAUUCAAUUAGGACUUCAAGAAGCUGAAAAUGCUGAACGUAUUGAACUUCAAGCUACUAUGAUAAAACGAUUACGUAAAUUGUCGGUAUCUUAUAUAUCGAAUAAAUCACAUCAUGUUGCUGCUUCUUCUUCAAAUAAUAACAGCAGCAAUAGUAAGAGUAAAAGUAUUAGUGGCAGUAGUACAACUUUUCGUCAUAUAAAACAUUCAAAUUCUAAAAGUGUUAAACUUAUUUCAAAUCAAAAAACCGCCAACUGGGAUUCUGAAGGUGUUCUACUCUCUGAUCGAAUCGACGAAGGCAACAUUCCCGGUAGUGGUAGUCAUACCCUACAAGCUGGAUUAAUCAGUCAUGAAGAUAUGGGGGAUUUUUUGUCUCAUGUAGUUAUUGAAGAAGAAGCUGUUGAUCCUGAUUUAGACUUAGACUUUGAUUCAGUAGCCCAUGAAUCCUCAGGAAUGCAAUCAAGUCUUGAAUCGCCUAUCCAACUGGAAUCAUUAACUGAUGAUAUAAAUUUAGAUGGUAAAAUUGAAUUCAUCGACGAGACGUGUUUACUAGCCAAUAAUGAUGCGAAUGGUAUAAUUGAUAAUAGACCGUUGUCACCAACAGUUGAGCAACUGGACGAUGAUGAUGACGACGACGAUAAUAGUAAUAAUAAUAUUAAUAAUAAUGAUGGACAAAUAAUCAAUAAUUCUGCAACUGUUCAUCCAUCAUAUCCUAGUCCAAUAAUUGAACAAAAAGAAGAGGAAGAAGAAUUGGCUGUAAUGGCUCUGUCAUUACCAUCACCACCACCUUCAUCCUCAUUAUCCUCAGCACUAUCACCGUCAGACCAAGAACAACCACAAGGAACCACGACGACAACAACAACAACAGUAACAGUAACAACAGAAUCAGUAGACAAAUCCUGUUAA